AUGCUGAAAAACCUGCGACCUAGAGGCCUCACGCUCGCUGCCGGCCUUCAAAGCCGGAGCGCGGUACUCAGUGGGCGGCAACUAAAGGACAACCAGGGCCAAAAGAGUACUUCGACAUUGACUCCGCGAGAGAGACUCGCCGGCAGGCUACGCCGCGUUGGUUGCCAACGUCGCUUUGCGUCGACAGCCACAGACAGGCGCGGAGCCAAGUCGACAAGGCCUCUUGACGGCAUCACCGUCGUCAGCAUUGAACAGGCCAUUGCCGCUCCAUUCUGCACGAGGCAGCUCGCCGAUCUUGGUGCGCGUGUCAUUAAAGUUGAGAGGCCCGGGGUGGGUGAUUUUGCACGAGACUACGACACUCGUGUGAACGGACUUGCCUCGCACUUUGUGUGGACGAACCGUUCGAAGGAGAGUUUGGCAUUGGAUCUGAAGGAGCCGAGGGAUUUGGAGGUGCUGAAGAAACUUCUUCGCCAGACGGAUGUACUUGUGCAGAAUCUAGCUCCUGGUGCUUCCGCCCGCCUGGGUCUCGCGUAUGAGACGCUGAAGGACAUCCAUCCCCGUUUAAUUGUCUGUGAUAUUUCCGGCUACGGCCAGGACGGGCCAUACGCUACGAAGAAAGCAUACGAUUUGCUGGUCCAGAGUGAAGGUGGAAUGCUCUCCGUGACUGGCACCAAGGAUGAGCCGGCGAAAGUGGGCAUAUCCAUUGCUGAUAUCUCCGCUGGAAUGUACGCUUAUAGCAACAUCCUUGCCGCGUUGAUGCAGCGGGAAAAGACCGGCAAGGGAAGCCAGAUUGACAUCUCAUUGCUUGAAAGUCUGGUGGAAUGGAUGAGCUUCCCAUUAUAUUAUACUUUCCAAGGUGCGCCGGCGCCGACCCCGACGGGCGCCUCCCAUGCAGCGAUAUACCCCUACGGACCCUUCGAGACAGGCGACGGCGGCUCAGUCAUGCUCGGAAUUCAGAACGAACGAGAGUUUGCGAGGUUCUGCGACAUUGUUCUGGGCAAUCCAAGUUUGGCCACUGACGCCCGCUUCGCAAACAACUCUCUCCGUGUGCAGAACAGAGACGCGCUCAGGGAGAUCAUCUGCAAAGCCCUGGAGAAAUAUUCAGUCUCGGAGGCUGUGGAGAAGCUCGAUACGGCCCAGAUCGCAAAUGCUGCAGUGAACACUAUGCAAGGUGUUUGGGAGCAUCCUCAGUUGCGUGCCAGACACCGAUGGACGGAGGUCGAGACAUCGAAAGGUGUAAUUCCUGCACUUUUGCCUCCCGGAUGCGUUCCCGAAGGCCAGGACGUGGAGGGUCUGCAUGCCAGGAUGGACAAGGUGCCAGAAGUUGGGGAACAUAACGAGAAGAUAUUGAAAGAGUUGGGCAUGUAG